UACGAGGGGAAAGGGGACAACAGAAAAGGAGACAAGAAGGUGUGUAUGGAUUGCUUGCUCUCCAAUUCAAUAAUGGGGUGAAUUUUUGGAGAGAUUUGGGUGAAAAUCUGGUCGGAUCUUGCUUUCCAUGCGGUGGUAUUUUGGUGGGAUGGCUUAUAUCUCCUGCCUCUCAUUUCGUUCCUCUCCUCCCCCAUAGAGAAUCCAAUCACCCCAGAGAGAGAGAGAGAGAGAGAGAGAGAGAGAGAGGAACCAAGAAAACACCAACCCAACCUCCACCUCCUCCUGUUCUUCUACUCUUUCUCCAUCUCUCCCCACCCUCCAUCUAUUAUCAUUUCUUUACUGCUGCUGUGAUGGUGCAAAGAAAUCAACAAUCACCACAACAACAUCAAGAAGCUAUGACAGUGGAGGCAGAGGCUCAGUUCCAUGUUCUGGCUGUGGAUGACAGCGUUAUUGACAGGAAGCUCAUUGAGAGGCUCCUCAAGACCUCCUCCUACCAAGUUACCACAGUGGAGUCUGGAAGCAAGGCUCUGGAAUUGCUGGGGCUCAGGGAGGGCCAGGACACCACACCUUCUCUCCCCCCAAAGCAGCAUGAGAUUGAGGUGAAUUUGGUUAUCACAGAUUACUGUAUGCCAGGAAUGACAGGUUAUGAUCUGCUGAAGAAGAUUAAGGGGUCCUCUUCUCUUAAAGAUAUCCCAGUUGUGAUCAUGUCAUCUGAGAAUGUGCCUUCCAGGAUCAGCAGGUGCUUGGAAGGAGGAGCUGAGGAGUUCUUUCUCAAGCCAGUACAGCUCUCAGACAUGAAAAGGCUCAGACUCCAUAUACUAAAAGGGAAAUCCAAUUGCAACGAGCAACAGCAGCAACAGGAGGACAGCAAUAACAGUAGUAAUGACGGCAGCAGCAGCAGCAGCACCAGUAGCUGCAGCAACAAUAACAAGAACAGCAGCAGCAACAAAAGGAAGGCCAUAGAUGAGGAGCUUUCACCAGAGAGGACAAGACCAAGAUUCUCCCAUGACAGCCUGACAGUGGUUUGAUGUUAAGAAAUCUAAUUAUUGUUUCACCAAGAAUGAGAGACUCUAAAGUUCUUUUUUUUGUCACUCCCAUCAUCAAGCCUUUUUUUUUUUCUUUUAAUUUUUUGGGUUGGGAAGUCUUUAAUCACACACACACCUAUUCCAUUCCAAUUUUGCUGUGCUUAGAAGUACCCAGAUUGAAAAUGUAAAUAAUGGAGAAGGCAAGGUGGCUGGUUUGUUCAUGGUUAGGCUGGUAUUUUUGAGCUAUAGGGGCUUCAGUUCUAGAUUUCAAUGACUGGUCUUUUGUAUAGCUAAUUUGAUGGAAGCUCAUUACUGUGGACUUGCUGAUUGGAAGAAACUAUACUCAAUUCUUUCUAUGAGAAAGAAGGGUGUCUUCUCUCUGGCCCAAAA